GAGCAUCAGAUCCAGACUGAAAACCUGAACCAGGACCAGAACCUGAGCAGGACGUUUUCAAACACGCUGACGUCACGACGGGCUGGAUUUUGGGAUGCUGGAUCUGAUGAUGGUUCAGUUUUUGUGUCCGCCCCCCCUGCGAGUCCAGCAGGUCCAACAGGUUUUCAGCAGCUGGUUUUCAGAAUCCAGACUCGGAGCAGUUCAGACUGAAAACCUCCUGAUCCAGAACUGUUGAUCUGAUCCAGUCUGUAACAUGAUGAAGUGGUCCUGGUUCAGGUCCUGGUUCAGGUCUUUACUGGAUUUGAUCUGAAGGUUCUGUUUGUCUGGAGGAACUUUUCUUUGGUCCUCCUGGGUCCAGUUCUGUCAGAUUCUGUUUAAGGACCAACUAAAGACUGGGUCUGGAGGACUGUUGAUCCGGACCACUUUAAGAUUAGGAAGUCUGGAUCCGUGGGUCUGAACAGGACAGGACUGUGUGAAAUAAGGUCCAGAACCAGACGAGGUUCCUGAGACCGACCAGGUGGUCCAGAAGGAUCCUCAUCCUGGAUCAGAGUUUAAAGAUCUGCUGCAGACAGGAGUCUCCUGUGGUACCAUCAGAGACCUGGGUCCGGUUCAGGGACCUGGGUCAGCGAUCUGCAGGGGUCUCACUGCUGCUGGUUUUGGUUCCUUCAAAGAUGCAGAACAUCUGGACCUGAACAGAACUUCUAAAACAGGAGCACCAUGGCGGAGGCGUCGCUGGAUCUGUUCUCAGAGCAGGAGCUGACCUGUUCCAUCUGCCUGGACCUGUUCACCGACCCGGUUUCUACUCCCUGUGGACACAACUUCUGCCAGGCGUGUAUCGGGGGGUACUGGGCCUCCAGUCCGGUCUGCACCUGUCCCCUGUGUAAGCAUCAGUUUGACGAGCGUCCUCGCCUCAGCAUCAACAAGGUGUUCGCUCUCAUCGCAGACAAAUACAAACAGAACCGUUAUGGAGCCACGGGCCUCUCGGCGCCGGCCAGCAACGGUUUGGUGGACGCCAUGUACGACGACAGCGGCAGCACCGACCCGUUCGGCCCGCCGCCCGCCAACACCAAGGCGUCAGGUGACGUGGUGUGGUGCGACAUCUGCACGGGGGUCAAGCGGCCGGCGGUCAGCUCCUGCCUCACCUGCACCGCCUCCUACUGCGAGGAGCACGUCCAGCCGCACAACACCACCGCCUUCUACGCCAAACACCCCCUGAUGGACCCCCAGGAGGCCCUGAGGGGCCGCACCUGCACCGAGCACCGYCGCCUGCUGGAGGUUUACUGUCGAACCUGUCAGCACUGCAUCUGUGCCAUCUGUUUCCUGGACAAACACCGGACCCAUGAAACCGUCUCAGUCCAGACCGAGAGACAGGGGAAACAGAAACUGGUGGCGAGAACGGAGCAGGAGAUCGUGAACCGGAUCAAGGAGAAGGAGAUCCGCAUGGGGGAACUGAAGACCAAGCUGGAGGGCCUGCAGAGCUACGCGGACAAAGAGCGAGGAGAAGUUGAACUCCUUCUGGACGAAGUGUCCGCCGCUCUGGACAGGAUCCGGACUCAGGUGGUGGGCGGGAUCCAGAACCAGCUGGAGGCUGUGGUGUCAAAGGGGGACAGGUCUGUCCAACGUCUGGAGGCGGAGCUUAGCCUGCUGACGGACAGGAGGGCCACGCUGGAGGUCCAGGCCAUCAGCCAGGACCACAUCAGCUUCCUGCAGAGCUACGACGACGCCAUGUCUCCUCUCGAGGACGCCACGCAGGAGGACGUGGACGAUGACUCGGAGUUGUCCCUUCACUUCCAGCUGGAGGAGGUGAAGAACGGCCUGUCUGAGCUGAAGGAAAAGACUGAAGACAUCCGGACUGGGGGGGUCCAUCCCAGGUGUUCCAGAGGUUCUAGAGGCUCCUGUUCCCCCAGAGACCUGCUGGCAGCUGAGAGCAUGAUGAGUCUGAGGGGGAGCAAGGCCAGCCUGAGGAUGAGUCAGUGGUCUCUGAGAGAUGUGAAGAAAUCCAAACAGGUUUCAGGUCCAAAGAAGGCCCGGGCCUACAUGGAGGACGUGAUGCUGAACCCGGUGACUGCGUACCCGUUCCUGAUCCUGUCUGAGGACAGGAAGCAGGUGAAGAGAGGAGAGAAGCUGCAGUUCUUCAGGAACAGCCAGCAGAGGUUCGACGUGUGGUCCUGCGUCAUCGCCAAGGAGGGCUUCAGCUCCGGACGCCACUACUGGGAGGUGUUUGUGGGUGAGAACAAGGACUGGAAGCUGGGCGUGGUCAGUGAGUCUGCUCAGAGGAAAGGCCUGUUCGACAUGAGUCCAGCUAACGGCUACUACGCCCUCUGGUGGUCCAGCAGCCAGCUGCGGGCGCUCACAGCCCCACCCCUCACCAAGGUCAAAGGUCACCACCCCAAGCUGAGACAGGUGGGCGUGUUCCUGGACGCAGACGAGGGACAGGUGUCMUUCUUCAAUGUGAAGACGGGGACGGAGAUCUACAGCUUCCACUCCCCMUCUGAGUUCACCGAGAGGAUGUUCCCCCUGCUGGGGACCGGAGACAAGGAGGUCCCUCUGAUCCUCAUGACCACACAGCAGCAGCUGGCCUGAGGAGCUGGGUCCAGGUCCAGAACCGGACGCAGGGUGGUACAGGUUCUGAUGGGAAGACACAAACUGCAGCUGGGUUCAGCAGAAGACAAGUUCUUAACAAACUGAAUGUGAGGAGUCAGACUCACGAGUCCUGAUCGAGUCCUGAUCCUGUCCUGAUCGAGUCCUGAUCCUGUCCUGAUCGAGUCCUGAUCCUGUCCUGAUCCUGUCCUGAUCGAGUCCUGAUCC